AUGACCACAUACUCGCCGAACCAGAAGAAGCGGCUUCUGGUAUGUUGUGACGGCACAUGGAUGAACAGUGACACCGGCUACGAGGAGCCCACGAUCCUCAACCCCAAGGGCAAGAUCCAGAUCCCCUCCAACGUCACUCGGAUCUCGCGGUCUUUCAAGCGACGCUGUGCAGAUGGCACAGUACAGAUCAUCGAGUAUCAGUCCGGCGUUGGCACCGGGAGCACAAUGGCUGAUAUCCUAACCGGAGGCGCUUUCGGGUACGGAAUAGCAGAGCACAUACGCGAAGCCUAUUCUUUCAUCUGUGCCAACUAUGUCGACGGCGAUGAAAUCGUUCUCAUUGGCUUCUCACGGGGAGCCUUCACUGCGAGGAGUGUGGCCGGGAUGAUCGGGGACCUUGGCCUGCUGACGAGAGAGGGCAUGGAGCAUUUCUAUUCAAUCUUCAAGGACAUGGAAAACUGGCGGACACCACAUUAUGACGACCCGUUCCCGAAUGAUCCUUUUCCGAACAAGCCCUGGGGCGACAAUGCCGAGGAGACAUACAGGCAGAAGCUCCUCGAGAAAGGCUAUACUCGUGUCUAUCAAGAUGACGGUAAGGGCAAGCUAAUCACCGUUAAAGCAGUUGGGAUAAUGGACCAGCUACGUUCGAUUGGUGUUGAGUUCGACUCUGGCUCGAUUAGCCGUGUAUUCUCACAAGCUGACAGAUACUACCGCCUCGAGGCAAGCAAGGGUGCCACAGAGCCACAAGUAAAGGAGUCAUUCUGGCAGAGACACUUUCCAUUCCUUAUGAAAUCUCGCGUGUUGCAUUGGGCUAUGGACCCUAUCUUCGAAAGCAACUUCCCCAUCCGACCCUGGGCGCUGGGCCAAAUCCUCAAGGCUAAGAGUCCUCUUUAUGUCCUUGCCGGCAAAAUCACCCGCUCCCCUGGCAUGUACAAGAGAGUGGAUUCCUUCACGGGCCGCGAAACGACCACCUUCCUCGAAGACACCAACGAGCGCAUCCACCCCUCCGUCCGCGUCCGGCUUGCCGUCAAGGGUCUAGGUCUCGACGACCAGGGGUUGUGGGAGUGCCCUGCCCUGUUGAAGAACUGGCGACUCCGACAAACGACUCAAGAGUUCGACGAUCCUAUCCCGCGCAAGACGAGGACGUGGGACCCCCAGGAUCCAGACCUGACGGGCACCAACCAAGUCGUCAUCACGGACCCGGACGAGGACACCGCUAAGUGGGGUGGACGCUGGGUGUGGGAGUACGUUGGCCCCGAGCACAAGGCGCCGCGGCAGCCGCUACUGGUGGAAGAGCCACUCGGGCCGUACGAGAGCUACUUGUUGAAGCUGUCAGCUGGAUACCCUAAUGUCUUUGAGUUUGCUGCGGAGCACAAUAUGUUGGCAUGA